CCUUGACCCGGAAGCGCUCUUGUGCCCUCCCGCUUGCCGUCUUCGCAGCCAUGGCGGCCGCCCGGCUCCCUGCGUACCUGGUCCUGCAGCCGCGGGCCAGAACUCUUCGAGCCUUUUCCACCUCUGUGUCUCCGGCCACUCGCUCUCCGAGACCAAGGCCGUCUACAACAGAAAGAACAUCCAGAUAUGAAAGGCCACCGAGAAGAAAGGCACUACCUCCUAGGACAGAGAAAAUGGCUGUUGACCAGGACUGGCCUAGUGUUUACCCUGUUGCAGCGCCAUUUAAACCCUCAGCAGUACCUCUUCCUGUUCGAAUGGGUUAUCCGGUAAAAAGAGGGGUGCCCAUGGCUAAGGAGGGAAAUCUGGAACUUUUAAAGAUUCCCAAUUUUCUGCAUUUGACUCCUGUAGCAAUUAAAAAGCACUGUGAAGCUCUUAAAGAUUUUUGCACCGAGUGGCCAGCUGCAUUAGACAGUGAUGAGAAAUGCAGGAAGCAUUUUCCAAUUGAAAUUGACACAGCUGGUUAUGUAUCAGCGGGACCAUCUAUUCGAAACCCCAAAGCACGAGUAGUGACAUUAAGGGUUAAACUUUCCAGUUUGAAUUUAGAUGAUCACGCAAAGAAGAAACUUAUUAAACUUGUAGGAGAUCGAUACUGCAAGAGCACAGAUGUGCUUACCAUCAAGACAGAUAGGUGCCCCUUAAAGAGACAGAAUUAUGAUUAUGCAAUGUAUCUACUAACAGUUUUAUACCAUGAGUCUUGGAAAACUGAAGAAUGGGAGAAAAAGAAGACUGAAGCAGACAUGGAAGAGUAUGUAUGGAAAGAUAGCGCCUCAGAAAAAAACAUCCUGGAAACCCUUCUCCAAAUUAAAGCUGCUGAGAAAAAUCUGCAAUUAAGUAAAGAAGAGCUCCUUGGUACUGAAGAAGUUGAAGAGUACAGAAAGUCUGUUGUUAGUCUUAAGAAUGAGGGGGACAGUGAAAAUACCCUUUCUCAGUACAAAGAAUCAGUGAAGAGGCUAUUAAAUUUGACAUGAAUUAUAUAGAAAAAUUGCCUUGAUUUAUUAAUUUUAUGAUAGAUAUGUAAUCAUCUAAUUUGAUAUACAGUUGAAGAUGUUAAAAAACCAUUGUUUUAUUACAUCAGAGUUAAAAUUAUUCCUUUCAUCCUAAAUUAGUACAAAGGCAGUGAUUAUUCAGAAGUUUUCUUAUUUACGUACUGGGGCAAUCAGACUAAUUCGAUCUCUGUGAUUCCUUCUAGUUCUAAAGUGUUUGGAUUUUAUUUCUACCAUAACAACUUUAGUAUUCAUAUA